AUGGGGACGACGUCGCGCCUGCUGCUGCGGAGAAGCUCGAGAAUGCUCGCUAAUCGGGACGGAGGCCUGCUACGCGCUCUCCGGUCGGAGCUGGAACACGAGCUGUCCUCCAACCCGCCGAGAUCCGGACCGGUGAGCAGGUCACAGGGACUUUUUUUCUUCCCGCAUGGUUGAUCGAUGAUCCUCAUUUGUGUGGAAGUGGAGGUUAGGCCUGUGUGUACCGGGGAAAUAAAACCUCGAUGGAUGGCGGAGGAAACUUCGUUACUGAUUUUUAUUUUUUUUUCUGUUUUUCCUGCUUACAGUGGAUAAAAUCUUCAUUUGUUUGGGAGAGGUGAAAGGUUCCCAAUUUUUUCGGUGGCGACUGUCGUGACUCAUUCUUUGAUCGAUAAGGGAAAAGAAGAAUUCACAUCUCCUGGAAAUGUCAGUUGCCGACGCAGUGAUUUAGAGCUUCUCAUUCCUUGCUUGAAUCGAGAUCUUCUGUUCGCAAAAUAUCACCCGUAAAUUUCACUUUGAUCUAGUUUCCUUUUCUCGUGCCGCUGCAUGAUUCAGUCUUCUAUGGUAACAAUCGCUGAGAAAAUCUCGCUAUGGUCGUGAUGCUGAUAAAAAUAAGAACAUCGACUUGUUAUGGGCGUCCUUAAUUUGUCAACAUCGUGGAAAAUUUUAUUACUAGCAACUGAUCAUGAAUCUCUCUAUGUUUAUAUGAAUGGUAGGCUCCUUGGGAAUGUAGUGGUGAUGAUUUACUCUGCGGUUUCAGCGUGAUGGCAAGGUGGGGAACUUUGCCGUGGAUUGGGAUGAUGCUAAAACCCAAGACUUGGUUCUGAGAAGGAGAUUCGACUCUGGAGAGGAGAUUGCAUUGUCCGCUCUCUUGGGACCUUUAAUAUACGAGGGAAAGGAUCCACUGCCACGCCAUGCCUUGAUGAAGGUGUUUGUGAAGAAACCUGAACCAGAGCCCAUCUUGCAGUUUGACUGUACAGUUUUCCACCAAGAUCAAGAGGAAGACUCCGAGUUUGUCAUCGAAAAUGUCAAGUAUCUUGCUUCCGCUGACCCAUCUAGGUCAUCAAGAUAUAGGGGCCCCAGCUUCAGGUGGAUUUUUUUUUUUGACGUAUUUUUUAUGUAAUUCUCCUCUUCAACCCCUUUUUUGUGAACUAUUUAUUGAUUCUUGUAUUCGGGGUUUUGACGCGUGGAAAAUUUCUCCCCUCAUUGUUUGCAUCAUAAACUUGAUCAGAUUGGUUACUUGAGAGAGCAUUUGAACUUUCCAUGACAUAAAAUCAUCAAAUGGCAGAGAUAACUUGGCUUCUUCCGAUUCGUAUCAGCACUACAUCCACUAUAUUUUGUGCCAUCCAUCUUUUUUCAAGCUAGAUAAUAAGGGGACAAGAUGCCAAUGCCAAAAAUUGAUGAAAACAUUAUGGUUCAGCAGGCCGAUUCUUGGAGAUGCCUACUAGAUGAUUCCGAUUAAGCCAUUUCUUUGAUUGAGGACUGCAUUAUUGCCCUGGUUUUCAUAUCACACCUCGUUAUUUUUCUUUCAGUUAAAGCAUUUUCAUUCACGUAAUACUUUAGGCAACUUCUCAUAUUCAAGCUGAACUUAAACUUUAAGUUACAGCUUAAGUAAUUGCAUAUCCUCAGUUUUAUUAUUUUUCCUCAUUGGUAAGGGAUUCUGAAAGUUCAUGAAUUUGCAGUAUAUCAACCCACAUUUAUAAAAUGAAAUGCACAUGGAGCCUUUUUUUAACAUCGCAGAGUAUUUGUUCCAGAUGUCGUUCAGUCUGUUUCCAUGCCGAAAGUUAGCAAGAUUAUCAUCAUCAUCAUCAUUGUCAGCAUCGUCAACAUCUACUGCCAUGACCACUGAUUUGUGCCAGGAAACUUUGACUCUGAACCAUCAGGCUUUACCUUCUCAUUGCACAUUUUUUCUCUAAUAUUUAGUUUCAUAGGUUUUCUCUAAUAUUUAAUCUGUCUUCAUCUUCCCCUUUUCUGGUGUAUUUUAGCUCUUCCUUGAUCAUAUACAAACCAUAUUAAAUAACUCUGGUAGCAGGUCUUCUCAGCGAGACAUGAUCAGUUUCGAUCAAGUUUUUUAAAACUCGACUUUUGUAAAGUCGUAUAUGUAAGAGGCAAGAUCUUGCAUUCUUCAGAAUAUAUAUAUCUCAAUUGUUUCACGUGAGUUGGUUAAAACUUGCAUUUACUCUUUUUUCAACUAUUUUCCAGAUCUACCGUGUACGCCCCACUUAAUGAGACUUUUCUGAAUCUCCUAUUUAAAAACCAUGUUCUUGCGUUUUUCAAGGUUUUAUUUAAUUCUUUUCCUGUGAAUGAAUUAAAAUCAUUUCCUUCUUUUUAACAGAUUAAAGUCUUUUUCCUAUUUUGGAGACUUUAUUUGAAUAUAUAUAUAUAUAUAUAUAUAUUUUUUUUUUUUCUGUAAGUCAUGCCUCUGUUUGGGGAGGAUUAUUUUCAAGAUUAGUAAAGCCCUCUUGUGGAAGUAGAAGAGUUUGGUGGGGGGGAGGGGGUUGACUUUUUCUCAGAUUAGUGGAUCAGUGAAGGUGCAUCUACUAACUAGUUUGCCCUGAAAAUUUACAUUUUUUUGGAAAAAAUCGAGUCUUUAUUUAGACUGAUAAUUUAGAGAUAUUUAGAACCCUAAUUAUCUGUAUUUCAGAGUUAUUGGGUGGUCCAGAAGGGCCGUGAUAAUCAGUCUCGAAUGGUCCAGAUAAUUAUUAUCAGCAAAAGCCGAGCCUUUUUUAAACAGAAAACUCUUUACGGCAUGUUCUUCCUAAUUUAGUAUAUUUUUCUUCAUCUUGUCAGCUGCUUGGAUCCUGAUCUGCAGGAUGCCUUCAAAGACUACCUUGUGGAUAGAGGGGUCAACGCGGAGCUGACCAACUUCCUCCUCCUCCACCUGCGCCAGAAAGAGCAGGAUCAGUAUCUGAACUGGCUCCACGGGCUUGAAAAUUUCCUAAAAAGUGGCGUUUGA